UUAGUAGGGUUCCAGAUUGCAUGAAUAACAAUAAAUAAGCAAUUAAAAUUGAAUAAUGAGUCAGGCAUCGCCAGACAAAGCGGAUAAGUGUCAAGCUGACAAUGCAAAUGCAGAAAAGCGAAGUCUUCAGCAGAGAAUACCAUACAGGAUGCUGGGGCGGCGUCUGGCCAGCACGAAGCGCCUGGUUGUGUCGAGCAAGGUGUGGCUGCGGACGAUCCCGACCCACGACUGCGACGUGCUGCUGACGUUCCCAAGCCAGGCCGACGACACCAGCCUCAUGUGGCUCCUCGCCCGUCUCCGCGCACGCACACCACAACUCGUCGUCCACGUCCGUCACCAUAGCAACUCUGGCAUCUACGGCUUCUACAUGACUGCUAACUACGAAAACUUGCUUAAAGGUGCGGAAGAGCUUGGGUUCAAGAAGCAUGUGAAGUCGGAGUUUGGUGGCGGACUGAAGGAGUUUAUCUUUGACGAGCAGGACUGUUUCGCGGGCGUCGAGGAGGAGAAGUCGUUUCUGUCGAGUCAGGAGCGGCAGAGCGUCGUGUGCAUGUUCCUGUACGAACUACGCGCCAUUGACGGGGAGCAGCUUGAUAAGAUCCACUUCAGAGGAGGACAGCCAAUUAUUCCUCUGCUGGAAUCUAAGAAAGUUGUGUCCCAGGUGUUUCCUCUCCACAGCGAGGAGGACCUCACAAUGCUCAAACGAUCCUGGGUGCAGGCAGUCUUCACCAAACAGCCACUAGAUGACAUCCGUAAUUACUUUGGUGUGAAAAUUGCUCUGUAUUUCGCUUACCUUGGCCACUACACCAUAGCUUUGUGCAUUCCAGCUUUUUUGGGGGUUGUCUUAUGUUUCUUCAAAGGUGAUCAGAAUGCUGAAGACAUGGGCAUUGUGGUCUUCAGUCUGGUGAAUAUGUUGUGGGCCACACUAUAUCUCGAGCACUGGAAGCGAACCAGUGCGGAGUUGUCUUACUGCUGGGGAACACUCGACAGGAAAGAUGAACGUCUGCAUGACCCCAGACCUCUCUAUAAGGGUGACCUGGUGAAGAGUUCUGUGACCGGUCGUAUGGAGCCUCAAUACCCUGCGUGGAGACGUCAGCUGUUCCGAUACUGCGUCAGUGUCCCUGUCACCAGCCUCGGUCUCGCCGUCGUUUUCGUCGUCAUGCUGCUCAUAUUCGAGUUACAGGAGUGGAUCAACUCUCACAUCGCUCACAAUGACAUUCCCAGCUUCUUUCGCUUCAUUCCAAAAGUAUUACUGGCCCUGUCUAUCGGCUUUCUUGAUGAGGGCUACAAGAAAAUUGCAAUAUGGCUCAAUGAAAAAGAAAAUUACAGACUUGAAGAGCAUUAUGCAAAUCAGCUCAUUCUAAAGCUCGUUUUGUUUCAGUUUGUGAAUUCUUUUCUGUCCCUGUUUUACAUCGCAUUUUAUCUGCAGGAUAUGGACCGACUGCGAGAUCAACUGGCAGCAUUGCUAAUCACCCGCCAGGUGGUGAGUAACCUCAAGGAAGCCCUGCUGCCGUUCCUCAUCUGGAAGUUCAAACUGCUCAAGGUGGGCCUGAAAAUCACGGAUCAGAUGUCGCCAUCGACGAUCGACAAGGAAAUCACCGAGAUGAAGCAGGAGAUCAAAGAGAUGACGACUCGACGCCGGAUCGUGAAGAGUAGCAACGCCAACACGACGUCAACGGACGGGACGACGACAGAAUGUGAAACCACUGUGGUCGAUGAUGCUGUAGAAAGUGAGAAGAAGACUGAUGAUGUAGAUGUUGAGCAGACGGUCGAUGCGAAAUCCAUCGCAUCGUUGCCGGCAUUGACACAGGCAGAAGUGGAGAGUGCCAUGCAGAAGUAUGAAGACACGUAUGAAGAUUUUCUGGAGAUGUUCAUACAGUUCGGCUACGUGAUCUUGUUUUCGUCAGCCUUUCCCCUGGCUGCUCUUUGUGCUUUGCUCAACAAUGUCAUAGAAGUCCGUACCGACGCCUUCAAGUUGUGUAUCAACCAUCAACGACCUUUCGGGAAACAGGUGCAAAGUAUUGGAAUCUGGCAGAAUGCUCUUGAAGCCCUUGGCUUGAUAGCAGUUGUUGUAAACUGUGCUCUGAUUGGCCAAACUGGUCUCACACAACGAAUGAUACCUGGACUCGGCGACCAAUCGGUGAUCAUCUUCUUAAUUGUCCUGGAGCAUUUGGUCCUCAUCUUGAAGAUUGGCUUGGCCUAUGCUAUUCCUGACAUUCCAGAGUGGGUUGCUAUGGAGAUGGCCAAGAUUGACUUUCAGAGGCGAGAGGCCCUCAAGAGACUUGAAUCUCAGAAUUCACCUGGAAUUAGCUCCCCUGAUAUGAGAAGCAGACGUAUAUCUGAAAAUAGCAGCAAUAGCACCAGUCCAUCCAGUUGUGGUGUGAACCGGUCUUCAGGCAAUAAGUCCCAGAGUCCGGUGUCCAGUAAACUGCCCGGUCAGGACCCACCCAUACCACCACCCCGACGCGAGGGAAUGAGACCCAUUAGGUCAUCGACAUACACACUGGGUUUAAACCCACAUCAAAACCGAUACCACGAGGACAGAAGUCCAGGCAGCCAGUUCAACAGAGCUAGUUCAGAGUCUCCAAGAUCCAAUUCAGAAUCUUCCAGAUCCGGUUUCGAAACCAACAGAUCUACUUCUGAAGGUCACAGAUCUACUUCUGAAUCUCACAGAUCUACUUAUGAAGGUCCAAGAUCAGAAACAAGUAUUUCCAAUGAGAGAAACACAUCAAAUACAAACCGACCUACAAGUGUUCCAAGAACCAGUUCCGGUGCUCACAUAUUGUCAUACGAGAAUCCUUCAUACUGCGGUGUCGCCGAUUACCACAGGGUCACACCGCCAUCAUCAUCGUCAUCAUCACCAUCAUCGUCAUCAUCACCAUCAUCAGCUUCUGAGAGAGCUCCUACCGACAGGGUGGCAAGCUCAUCCACCACAAACCCGUUUGAUCCAGCUUAUGCUUAUCCAGUAUCUCCAGCGAAACCUCCACAGAGAUCCACACGUAGACGGAUGUCCAGCCCUCCCAUCGCCACCUCGUGUGUCUGCAAUCACGUCUUCGAUAAUCAGAGCAAUAAAAAUGGCUCCCCGCCUUCGUGUGCGGGCUCGUUCGAGAACGAACAGGACAGAAUGAUCUACAGGCCCGAGAGAAGGCAGAGACGGUUCUCCUCAGAUGAGCUCAACAAACGGAACUCGUGGGAGAAAGAAAGAAUGGACGCUCAGUGUAUUUCGGAGGAAAUUGUCUCUUCAAGCUCCUCCAGUGGCACAAGAGGGAGAAUUGUGUUUCGUGGCGGAAAUAUCAGUAUUCCAGGAAGCGUGGGAAGUAAGAGGUUUGAAACUCAAACCGUGCAUUUUAAGAAGAUGUAGAACAUUCUUUGGAAAAGCCUGCGGUACAAAAUAUUCAUGUCUGUAACUGCUUCAGAAAAUAGAAUUGGCUUUAGUUUAGAAUUUGGUAAUCCGGGAGUUAAGUGCCAUAUUUAUACUGAUCAUUUUGUUGACAUUAAGAUCCAGAUGGAUUACUUACUUGAAGAAAGUUAAAGUUUGUUUUGUUUAACGACACCACUAGAGCACAUUGAUUAAUAAUUGAUGAAGUGGUAGUCAUAAUUUUCUUUCGUCCGUUUGUUUAGGACAUGGUUGUUGAAUUUUAUAGUUUAUAUUUCUAUCGGUAAUGUUUAUUUUUUUGGUUAACAGUUACUGUUGUAUUUGUUAGUAGUUUAGAUGUGUUUUGAUAUCAUGUUCAGAUUUUAAUUAUCUCCGAUUGAACAAAGGGAGACAAUGAGUCCAUAUUCAGCUCUUUAAUCUUCUGAUCUCAGUUAUCUACUUAACCAAGAUAGUGUUGUACAAUCUUAGAAGAAAUAUUGUGAUAUAACCUUUCAGAAACAAAAAUGUUUACGACGGUCCACAAAUUAAAUUACUGUCGAGAUCCAUUUGGCCAUUGAGCUCUAAUGUUGAGAUGCAACAACAAAAAGAAGUUUGUAUGAUCAUUGUUAUCAUUAUACUUGCAUAAAAUCUUCCAAAGAAAUACUAGUUUUAAUUCACAUGGAAGACUAUUUUAACGAGAUUUCUCAAGAAGUUGAUAAAUAGCUGUUUUUAUUUUGAAUACUAGACACAACCAACUUGUAAUUUUACAUUUGUACACACUUUUGGAAUGUUUUGAGGCUGGUGGUAUUUCUGUUUCUGAAUAGUGUCUCGAUAUAGAUAUGUCCAGGGUUGAAAAUUAGCGGUUGCCUGGUUUUACAAAGGUAGUCUGUUGGGCGAUCAUCGAUUUUAGUUCUGGCAAGCAUGGUUCCAGUUACAAAAUGAAACACUGAAACUGAACCGAAUUGUGACAAAACACAACGUGUCUGUGUUGGCGCGAAAUACCUAUCUGACAGCAGAAGAUAUAUAGACUAUGCUCUAUAUUAUUAUUUUGACAGCGCCUGACUCAGCUUCUGUGGUUUUGGGGCAGGUCGUUCUAAAAAUAGAGCUCAAAACGUAUUGAAUACACUGCAUGUAUUUUUAAAAUCUGGAAGUCGUCGGCUUAUUGAAAUGGACUGGAUAUGUCAUAAUUAUCCAGUAGGGCUGCUAUUUGAUAAUUGUUGUUUAAUGUUAUGGUAAAAAAAGAGAAUCAUAUUUAAUUAGCUUAUAUUAUUAUGUGACAAAAUCAAAAUCUGUCUUGUAUGUAGUUCGAACUCGCACUAACAUGAGCGCAUGCGUGCCUAUAAAAAUAACAAUUGAAUUUUCCAUGAAUACAGGGCUUAUUCCAAAGGCCAGUUAAUUGUCGUUAUCGUGCACAACACACAUACACACACACACACACGCGUGCACGCGUGCGCGCGCGCGCACACUUACAUUUUACUACGGCAAAAAAAUAUAAUUUUAGCCCAUUGUCCGUUUGCGUCAAAAGAGAACCCAUGAAUUGGCAUGUAACUUCACAAUGAGUAAAGAUAAAAGUCAUAUAAAAACAUAUUAAUUUAUUAAAUGUUAAACCCAUACCGUCUCAAAUAAAUAAAAAAAUGGGGUGAGGGGGAGUUGAAGGUAAGUUAAAAUAUAUAUUUAUAAAUUACCAUCAAACUGCAUAGAUUAAAUUUUCUUUUCUGAUUAGGUUUAAAUCAAUUGAUGGAACAUCCAAGGUAAUCUGGAUGACAAAACCGUAAUACAUGACAGUGAUUCUGCCAGAAAGAGGGUUUUGGGUAUGGCGCUAUGGAAUUGAAUGCAACAACAGUCAACAGAGGGUAUGGGAGGCCUUCCCAAGAAAGAAAAUGGGUUACGUUUAGUGUUAGGGUUAAGAAAACCAUACAGUAAUGAUAAGAGUAAUUAAUUUUGUCGAAAGGUUAACUUAAAAAAAAUAAAAUCUGCAAAAAAUUUGGGUAUGGCACCAUACCCGUUUUACCCUCUGGCAGAAACCCAGCAUGAUCAGGGCCAUAUUUCUGCACAAUGCAGUCAAAUGGGUAUUUGGCAAAAUAGUGAAUGAUUCCAUGGACCUCUGUCUAGUGUCUCGUCUUUAGGACAGCCACUCCUGAGGAAAUCCUUUACUUGAGAUUUUACCCCUCUUGCAUCGCUACAAAGAGGACUGCCAUUCCUAGACUAGUUUAAUUACUAAAGCACGCGCAGUUCUACAUUUAGUCUCUUUGCAUUGCAUUAUAUUUUUUUUACUUCGGAGACAAUUCAAGUCAUGCUGCAUACCUUGGCUGUUCUAGCAUUUUGUCUUCAAAGUCAUGCUGCAUACCUUGGCUGUUCUAGCAUUUUGUCUUCAAAGUCAUGCUGCAUACCUUGGCUGUUCUAGCAUU